UAGUUGUGUUGUGAGCAGUGGGAGGGUCAGUGUUGUGUUGUGAGCAGUGGGAGGGUCAGUGCUGCUGAUGUCAGAGCUGAGGGUUCAUCUGGACUGACUGACCGCUGGAUCUGAGCUGCCGGAUCACUGCAGGAGACGCGGAGAUUCCAGCGCGAGGAAGUAUCGGGUGUGGAAUAUUCUGGUUGCUGGUCGAAAUAUCAGCCACAACUGUUGAGUCCAUCAGGAGAGACACAGUCUGAACAUGAGGAGCAUCACGUGUUUCAUAGCCGUUAUUCUGUGCCUGAGAAGAGCAGCUUCAGAUUCCAGUGCGAUCUGUGAGCUGAAGGAUGUAUCCGGAGACAGCAAUGAUUGGAUCGUCCUGCAGGAAAUGUCUCUGGGAUGCUGGACGGACUUCACUAGCCUGAACGGGACAGAAGUCCACAUCUUCAAGCUGCUGUCCUCACCUGAAAUACACCCAAUGUUAGAACUAAACGUUACUAUGGCAAACCCAUCGGUGGUGAUCAUCACCUCCAGCAGUCCACUAACCAUCCUGCUUCAAGACAAUCCCACAGUGAAGAUCUAUGUAACAGAUGGGUCCUCAGUAAAUAUUUACCUGCCAAAUAGAGGAAGUCCACAAAAGCACGCUGCCCCGUUCGCAAACAGCGAUUCUGAGCUUCUGAAAUGGGCAACAGAGACAUUUGGUGGAGUCACAUCCUUCACCACAGCACGAGAUCCCAUGGUCAUCACUUUCACUGGGAUGAAGGGAACACACCAACCCUCAACAUGUGACCUGCAGCCAGAAAUAGCAGCAGAUAAACAGUUCAUUGAGCUGAAGCUGACAUCUCCACCUGAUGAGCUCAAAUCAUGUUACACCAAGUAUUCUGAAGAACCGAUUCACGUGAUCAAUAUUCCUGAUGAUGUCAAAAUAAGGCAUGUUUAUCUGCAUUUGCCAUCCAAUUCUAAAGUGAUCCUGAGAGGUCCAGCAAACACUGAGUGGACAAUCCUCAACAAUAUUUCGGUCAAAUUUCUGUCUAACAAUCGUGUAACCUUAAAUGGGAUGAAGUUGCUUCUGAACAAGACAAUCUCGGAUGACCCUAAAGAAAUCAGGCAGAAGGUGUUGUUACACUACAAGAGCACCUCCAUCACCAGCUACUCUGAGAUCCGUCUGAACGUGUCACACAUCCAGCUGUGGAUCAGGGAUCACACAAGCUCCUCAGUACCAGCAGAAGUGAAGCCCACAACACCAGCACCCAGUUCUUCGUUUCCUCUUCAGAUGCAGCUGUUCUCGUCUCCAGACUACAUGUUACCUCUGGAUCCCAGCAGUAAAGUUCAGAGUGACAAGAGGGUCUAUGCAGAGAUCUCAAGUCAGAGCUUCGGAGCCAUUACCGUAAGCAUUAAGGUCAGUAGCUGUUGGGUUAGCUCCAUGCCAGAGGUGAGGGACAUGCCGUUCAAAGAGGAGGUGUGUUACAUUAAGGACUGUCCCAAGAGACUCAGCUUCUCCUUUGAGAUGCUUCAGAACCUGCCAUCCAGCUCGUGGGACCUCGAAUGUGCAGUUAAACUUUGUUUUAAAAGUGGAAAGUCUUGUACAAACGAAAAACACGUCAAGAGGAACUUCCAGAUCAAGCCAUAUAUCCCAAACAAAAAUCCAUGUUUUGAGUUUGGGCUCUCGGCUGUUCUGGGAAUCGCGUUUGGAGGAUUUCUGAUCGGAGUUCUCCUCACCGGCGCUUUAUGGUUCAUUAAGAUACGCACAGGGCAUCCUGUGGCUCUGGGAAUGAGAUCAACGGCAGCCGAGCUCUCAGUCCUCUCUAUAACCGGAUGCCCGUGUGGUCUGACCAAACGGCAGCCAGUGCCCACCCACCAGUCUCCCUCAGAGAACAGCAGCGCCAAUGCCAGCAUUGGCAGCACCCAGAGCACGCCCACCAGCAGCAUGGCAUGAUGCAGUCGCCAUGUGUCCCUCCUCUCCUAACGCUCGCUCACUCUCGAAGCCAUCUCGCGCCACACAUCCCAUCAUCCCGAGCGAGAGAAAAAGAGAGGCGGUAGCAGUCCUGAAACGUUCCCUGCACCUCACAAUAUUCCAUUCGCUCACCCGGCUACGGGAAGUCAGUGGGGACGAAGAACAAAAAAAGAAAAAUCUUGGCUCCCAGAGACAGGAAAAACAACGCAUAACCCCCAGGAACUAACAGGAAAUUUGUCACAUUCUUGUGCCGGUGCCUCUCUGAUGGAGGCGAAAUAAGAUUUCACAGACAAACAGCAGUCUGACGCAUCAGUUCGCUUUCAGAUGGGACUAAAUAUGGCUCAAAGAGAUGAGUGAACAUACGUCAGACUCAUAUCCAAACACUUAGCCAAGGACUGACAAGAUGAAACCUUCCAACAAAUCAACUAUUGGACAU